CGAAUUUCAGCAUCGACUUCUGAUAACCCACUCAUCUUCUUCCCAGAAAACACUAUAAAUUCUCCCUUAAACGCUUUACCUUUCCUCAACGUCUACUUUUUUAUAUUUUCCAUUCCUCACAUUUCUCCACAAAAAGUCUUCCAAUUUUUUUCCCAGUUUCUCUUUGCUGCAAAAAUCAAAGGCAGUGGGAUCUAAAGAAUCGAAGGGUUGUUUGUAUUUUAGGGAAACGAAAUGAAAACAGGUUUGGUGGUGGAUGGCGAUUAUGUAUAUGAAGAAGAGAAGCAUCUAACUGUGCUUAAAACUUCGCUUUUCUUCGCCAACGAUGGCUUCACUGUUUACGAUUGUAAAGGUCAGUUGGUUUUCCGAGUGGACUCGUACGGUCCUGACCCUCGUGAUAAAGCCGAAGUUGUUCUUAUGGAUGCUCAUGGAAGAUGCCUGCUCACUGUCAGAAAAAAGAGGCCGAGUUUGCAUCACCGGUGGGAAGGGUUUUUAGGGGAAAGAACAGAGGGUCAGAAACCGAUCUUCAGUGUGAAAAGAUCGUCCAUAAUCGGACGGUGCGGGAUGACAGUGGAAGUGUUCAACAAUCCAGGGCUGGAGUACCAGAUAGAAGGGAAUUUCGGACAACGGAGCUGCACGAUCUUCAACGCGGCCAAGGAAUCAGUGGCUGAGAUUAAACGCAAAGUUGAUGCUUCCACUAACGUGGUGCUUGGUAAAGACGUUUUCUUGCUUUCUUUAAAACCCGGUUUUGAUGGGGCCUUUGCUAUGGGUUUGGUGCUCGUUCUUGAUCAGAUUAACGGUGGUGAUUACGUUGAAAAUGAUGAGGCGGAGAUGAUCCCUACCACGGAGGAUUAAUGUGCUGUGCAUUUUAUAAUUUUCUUAAACGAAGAGAUGUGGAAAAAGAAAGCUGCUUGUAUAUUAUUACAAAAGUAAUAAGAGUUUCCUUUGAAAGAAGACUAAAAUUCGUUUGGUAUAGAAUAAUUAAAUGAAGAAUUGGAAAA